GGUUGAUAUAAAACGGCGGCGGAGUCGUACGUCGCAGUUAGUUCAAGUUCGAAAAGCGAUCAGAAUACUUUGAGAUAUACGAAGAGUUCAUCUUACUACAUAAAUUGAGUAUUUACUACGUUGAUUUAACUAAGUGAAACGAAUAAAUACAAGUGUGUGAAUAAUUGUUGAGAUUGACGAAAGACUAUUAACGAUUUCAAAGAGUCUCUGCGAACAAAUAAACAGACAGAGCAGUAAAAAGAAAUAAGAAAUUAAAAAAAAUGGCAUUGGUACCGAUUGAUUUUUUCCGUAACUGGUGGCACGACAUGGACCGUUAUCAUCGUGAAUUGGACGAACAUUUUAAUCGUAUAGCAAACCGGGAUGGUUCCAUGAAACCGCCAUCAAUGACUUCGUUUAAAGAUUUCUUCGCUCCUAUGCGAAAUGCUUGGAAGGAAAUAGAAGAAGAAGUUGGAGGUUCGGCGAGCAUUGAACAGGAUCAAGACAAUUACCGGGUCAUCGUAGAUGUCCAACAAUUUGCACCAGAAGAAAUAACAGUUAGAACCGAUAACCAAUGUAUUACCGUUGAGGGUAAACAUGAGGAAAGAAAAGAUCAACACGGUUACAUUUCGCGACAUUUCGUACGCCGAUAUCAAUUACCUAAAGGUUACGAUAUUGGCCAUGUUAAACCCAGCUUGUCUUCUGAUGGUAUUUUAAGUAUAACCGCGCCAAGACUUAUUUUACCUGCUCCUGGGGAAAGAAUUGUUCCGAUCGAACGUCAAAACAGACCAGCCAUCAAAGGCGUUUAAAAUAACAAAGGAAGAAACAAAACAAACUACCAAACUUUAAACCCUAAUUGUUAAUGUUUUUGCUUUUUUAAUAUUGUCAAUAAUAUCAGCUGAUUAAUAUUAGCGAAAUGUUAAUGAUUACUUAAUUUCAUUAUUUUGUUCUCUUUUUGUAUUUCCAUUUAUUUAUGAAUUUAAAAUUAUUCCAAACAAAAAUUCGCGGAUAUCUGUAGUAAUUUUAAUUAUGUAAUUUAUAUUGCUAUUUAUACAAAUGAAAAUUAUUGUAUAUCAUGUUAUCCAUUGAAAAUCAAAAGUAUGUUUGAAGGCCUCUGUAUUAUUUUUUGCUAAUUUUUUUUUCACGCUUUAUAAUCAUCGAUUGUGUUUAAUUUGAAUGUCAUUAAAUUAAUUAUUUUCUUUUUUUUUAAGAGUAAAGUUUUAAUAAUGCAUUACACAGAUAAUAGGUACGUUCUGCGAAUCAUUAUUGUGGGAUAAUUGUAAUCAAUUUAUGUGUAUAUAUAUGUCUCAUUAAAAUGACUUCAUACUUAUUUAAAAAUAAGCUUUUGAUUCUGCCGAUAGAACCGAAUGCAUAACACUGCGUAACAGUGUCGUUAAAGAAAAAGAUAUUUAAAAUCUUCUGCAUGCAUACACACACAUACACAUACACAUAAUUAUAUUUAAAGGGUAUCGCCAAAAUUACUUUACACAGAGAACAGAACAAUGGAUUAAUUUAUUAUAUAAAUAUUAAAGUCUCAAUGUGUAAGAUUUGUUUCUUUGUUUUCAAAGAUUUGCACUAGAGUUCUUGGUAAAAAUAAUUUUGAGACACCCUGUUAUACAUCAUAAGCCAAAUUGUGAUUUUCGAUAUUCGAAAAUAUAUUAUUAAUUUUCUUAGCUUUUCAAAAAAUAAAAUAUUGUUUCGUA